AUGUGGACGGCUAGAGUGGAGAAACAGCUAGAAGCCACGACUGAGAUGCACAACGCAGCUAUUACCCAGAUAAAUGAUCUGUUGGCCCUAGUUCAUGCUGCUGACUUGGCGCUGGAGGAUAUGGGCAACUGCACCAGGUGUUACAACAUGCACAUCCGAGGCCUACCGGUCCUGGAAGCUGAACGCAUCUUUGCUGCGUGA